GCAAUUCCUCCCACCGCCAGACUUCAGACAACUCCAUCAUGCCUCGUGAGAAGGUGAAGAGAGGCCGCAGGGCCGCUGAAAAGGCCGACAAGGAGGCUGGCAAGCGGAAACGCGACGACGCCCCGGAAGACGUUGAGCCCAAGCGAUUGAGACCCUCGACUGAUGAGACUAACGAAAUCACGGAGGGAGCAGACUAUAUCGCCCUUGACGAUGGCCAGGAAGGUCAAGAAAAUUUUGCAUCAGGCGACAUGCCCUUCUACGGUCUUCUGGACCCCGAGGAGCAGGAAUAUUUCUCGCGCGCGAACGAAGUCCUGGAAUUGAACCAGUUCGGGGACGCCGAGGAGCGGAGCGUCUUCAUCGAGAGUGUUUACAAGGAAGCGGAUGGGAAGGAGCUGAAGAUCGCCUGCAGUCAGUCCUGCUCGAGACUCAUGGAGAAGAUGAUAUCCAUGUCGGACAUGCGCCAGAUCCGGAGACUGUUCAACAAAUUCAUCGGCCAUUUCCUGCACCUUGUCCAGCAUCGGUUCGCGAGUCACUGCUGUGAGACGCUGUUCAUCAAUGCGGCGCCGGGAUUGAUGGAGAAAGCCCCGAAACCCAAGAAGAAUAAGAAUGAAGACGAAGACGAGGAGGACCCGGAGCCUGAGCUGUCGUUGACAGAGAUGUUCAUGGCGGUCAUCCAGGAGCUGGAGGGAAACUGGGGAUACUUGUUGACGGAGCGGUUUGCGUCGCAUACGAUUCGCGUUCUGCUUCUUGUGUUGGCUGGCGAGCCUGUGGACCUGUCAUUGACUGAGUCGAUCGUUGCUAGCCGGAAGAAGGAGAGGCAUGGCCUCGCUACAGACACCCAGGAGGAGAACCCUGUCGCAAAGAAGAGAAGCGUACCGGAAUCUUUCGAGGCGACCUUGAAGAAAAUCAUGCAGGACAUGGUUUCUGGGAUCGACGAUACGUACCUACGGGCCCUUGCGACGCACCCAGUCGGAAAUCCGGUUCUUCAAGUGCUGCUGUACCUGGAGCUCUCGCACUUUGGGAAAUCCAGCGCCAAGGACUCGAAAUCGGUCCUGAGGCGGUUGGUUCCCAACGACGAGUUUGAAGAAGGCACGGAAAGCACCAUCUUUGUCCGCGGACUGCUCUACGACCCGGUGGGAUCUCGUUUGCUGGAGACCAUCGUGCGCUAUAUGCCGGGAAAGCCGUUCAAGGGACUUUAUAAGAACUUCAUGCGUGACCAGCUGCGCUCGCUGUCACGUAACAUUACCGCCGGAUAUGUUGUCCUCCGGGUCCUUGAGAGACUCGGAAAGGAUGACCUGGAAAACGCCGUGGAACUACUUGUCCCCCAAAUCCCAAACCUCAUCGAGCGGUCCCGAGUGAUUGUCCCCAAGACGCUGAUUGAGCGGUGCAUUACCCGUGGCGUCAACACGGCUCCCAUCGCACGCGCUCUCGAAUCCUCCUACGACAGUGAUCCCGCCAAGAGAUUGAGUCAGAUGCUCUGGCUCGAGGGUGCCCCCCAGGAGGAUGCAGAGGGAGAACAGAAGCCCAACGAAUUUGGUUCUGAUUCCAACGCCAACCCGAAGCCCAACACAGGAGCUAAGUUGCACAGCUCUCUGUUCGUCCAGACCAUGCUCACGGCACCCGGGCCCGUCAGCGGUCUGGUUUAUUCAAGUCUGCUCGCACAAUCGUCAGAAUCGCUUGUCGAGUUGGCCAAGGACUCCACGACCUCGCACGUCCUCCAGAAAGCCCUCACCUUGCCUACCUCCACCCUCCAAUUCCGACGACAGUUCGCCGUCCGAUUCACCGGCCAGCUGACGGAUCUCGCCUUGGACAGCAGUGGAUCUCACCUGGUUGACGCACUCUGGCCCGCCACCAAGGACCUUUUCUUCGUCAAGGAACGCAUGGCACAGGAGCUGGCCCAGAACGAAAUGGCGCUCCGCGACUCAUUCGUUGGCCGGGCGGUUUGGCGGAACUGGGCAAUGGAUCUCUACAAACGCCGGCGGGGCGAGUGGGCGGCCAAAGCGAAGGGGCUCGAUGACAGCAACGGGGCUGGAGAGAAGCCCAAGUCUCGGAUUGAACUGGCACGGGCUAAAUGGGCCGCUCAAGCAGCGGAAAACCCCAACAAAGCGGCGGAAAACCCCAAUAAUGAGGCCGUAGGUUCUUCAAGGUCCCAACGAUUGGACGGUUAGAUUAGGUAGCGAUUCGUGGAUUUUUUUCAAGCAUGUAUAUCUAGGAUUCUCUGAUAGACCAAAAGCAAG